AUGCUUGCCUACUCGGUGGCGCUCUUCGCCUACGCUGCUGUAGCAUUAGGUGCACAGAUUUCGGGUGUUUUCACUGGAAUUGACUCGAUCCUGGGCCCCUCGAACAACAGACCCGUCACUCCCAGUUGGCAAGCCACCGUGCUGUGGCUGAUGCCCCGCCUGAAAAAUAUCAAAACCGGCGACACCUUCACUUUGCACAUGCCCUAUGUGUUCAAGUUCACCUCCCUGAGUAACACCCUUGCCUUGACUGCAGGAGGCACCACUUUCGCAAACUGUAUCUUGUUUUCUGGUGAUAACGUUGUGGGAUACUCCGAAGUGCAAUGUACCGCCACGUCUGCUGCUGAAAAUGUCGAGUCCGCCACGGGCAAGAUCACGUUCCCCUUCACCUUCAACUCCGGCUACUCCCUGGACCCUGUCAAUCUUGAGGCUGCCAAUGCAUGGAACGCUGGUUCCAACACCGUCACCUGGACUGAUGGAAACACCCAGAUCUCCACCACCGUGAACUUCCUGGGCGGCGCCAGCCAGGUUAUCCUGGGUUCUGCCGAAAACGGCGCCUUUGGUUUGCGCAAAAUGGUGAACCUCAACGUCAACCAGCACUACCUCUUGGGUCCUCUGUGUUCCUCCACCAUGUCAGGAACGUUGCAGAUCACCAAUCCUUCGUCGCAGGUGCCCUUUGACUGCCUGACGCUUGCCGGUGCUAUUUCUGACCAGAUCAACGCGUGGUACUACCCGCAGACCGCCGACAAGGCUGGUGUUUCUGUCAGAAGCUGUUCCUCCACAGGCGCUGUUGUGUCCUUCAACAACGUGCCAGCUGGCUUCAGACCCUACAUGAACGUCAACGCCGCCAUCCCCCUGGGCACCUUCUCGUCGCAGAACCAGUACUCGUACAGCUUCUCGUGUGGCUGGAGAACGCUCAGUGGUCUGGCCACCCAGCUGUGGACCAUGUACAACGACGGAAACACCGGCUCUGGAGGCAAUUUCAAGCCCAUUGUGCUUACCACCGUCACGGACCCCACCGCCACCACCACCGCCGUCGGCACCGUCACGGGCGCUUCCACAAACACCAUCGUGGUGACGGUUCCUAUUUCCCAGACCACCAUCACCGUCACCGGCACCGGAACCGCCUCUACUACCCACUCUGCCACCAGCAGCGGCACCAGAGUCAUCUCCAUCGACGUGCCUACGCCUACAACCACCAUCACGCGUACCUACUCCGGCUCCACCAGCUCCUUCCUGACCAUUCCAGCCACCACCGGCGGCACUGGAACGGUUAUCAUCGGGGUGCCCACGCCAACGACCACUUUGACCCAAACGUGGACCGGAACAACCACCUCCACUCAGACGAUCCCGGCCACCUCGGGCGGAACCGCUACUGUCAUCGUGGAUGUGCCUACUCCAGUCACCACCGUCACCAGCACAUGGACAGGCCUGACCACCGCCACGGUUACUCAACCAGCCACUUCUGGCGGCACCCAGACCGUUGUCGUGGAGGUGCCCACGCCUACCACCACGUUGUACUCCACGUGGACGGGAACUGUCACCACCACCACCACUGUGCCUGCUACUUCGGGCGGAACAGCCACUGUGAUUGUCGAGGUGCCUACGCCCGUGACGGUGAUCACGUCUACAUGGACCGGAUCCACCACGAACGUCGUCACCGAGCCUUUCUCGCUGGGUACGCAGACCAUCGUGGUCGAGGUGCCUACUCCUACAACCACACUCACCAGAACAUGGACAGGAACCGAGACAUCCACCGAAACCAUCCCUGCUACCACUGGCGGCACCGGAACCGUGAUUGUCGACGUCCCUACUCCAUACACCACCAUCACCAGAACGUACACCGGCAGCGUGCCCACCACAGAGACGAUUCCAGCCACCACUGGAGGAACCGGCACUGUGGUGGUUGACGUUCCUACUCCUACCACGACGAUCACGAGAACAUGGACGGGCUCGACCAUCUCCACCGAAACUGUUCCUGCUACUACCGGCGGUACUGCUACUUUGAUUGUCGAUGUUCCCACGCCUACCACCACUGUGACAUCCACCUACACUGGCCAGAUCACCACCACGGUGACCGUGCCUGCUACUUCUGGUGGAACCGCCACUGUCGUUGUGGAGGUGCCUACCCCUACCACCACCAUCACCACCACUGGUGACGUCACCAACAUCGUGACUCUGACUAUCCCAGCUGCUUCUGGUGGAACCGAAACCGUCGUGGUCGAGGUGCCUACUCCAACAAUCUACACCACCAGAACCUGGACCGGUUCUGUCACCACCACGGAGACUAUCCCAGCUACUACCGGUGGAACCGGCACUGUCAUCAUCGAUGUUCCUACUCCUACUACUACAAUCACCAGAACAUGGACUGGCUCUGAGACUACAACUGAGACGGUGCCUGCUGCAUCUGGUGGAACCGGUACCGUGAUUAUCGAUGUGCCAACUCCUCUGACUACCAUCACCAGAACUUGGACUGGCUCCAUCACCACCACCGAGACCAUCCCGGCUGGAUCUGACGGAACUGAGACAAUCGUCGUUGAUGUUCCUACUCCAACCACCACUAUCACCAGAACGUGGACCGGAACGGAAUCCACCACCGAGACCAUUCCAGCUCAAUCCGGUGGAACUGGUACUGUGGUUGUCGAUGUGCCCACUCCUUACACUACCAUUACCAGAACGUGGACUGGCACUACUACCCAAACCGAGACUGAGCCGGCUCCAUCUGGCGGUACUGGAACCGUUGUGAUUGAUGUGCCUACUCCAACCACCACGAUCACCAGAACUUGGACUGGCACUGAAACCACUACCGAGACCAUUCCAGCUCAAUCCGGUGGAACCGAGACCAUCAUUGUCGAUGUUCCAACCCCUUACACGACUUUGACUAGAACCUGGACUGGUACUACCACUCAGACUGAGACUGAACCUGCUCCUUCUGGAGGUACUGGAACUGUGAUCAUCGACGUCCCUACGCCAACAACCACCAUUACCAGAACCUGGACCGGUACUGAGACCACCACCGAGACUAUUCCAGCCGGAUCUGGUGGAACUGAGACCAUCAUCGUGGACGUUCCUACUCCUUACACCACUAUCACCAGAACGUGGACUGGAACAACCACCCAAACGGAAACCGAACCUGCUCCUUCUGGAGGUACCGGCACUGUUGUCGUUGACGUUCCAACCCCAACUACCACGAUCUUUUCUACCUGGACUGGCAGCACGAUCUCUACUCGUACUAUUCCAGGUUCUUCUGGUGGUACUGACACUGUGGUGAUUGAGGUGCCUACUCCAAUCACUGUCAUCACUUCCACGUGGACUGGUUCGAUUACCGAGGUUGUAACGGAGCCUUACGAAUCUGGAACCCAGACCAUCGUUGUCAACGUUCCUACCCCAACUACCACUAUCACCAGAACCUGGACCGGAACGGAAACUACUACUGAAACCGUUCCAGCCGAGUCUGGCGGAACUGGUACCGUGAUUAUCGAUGUUCCAACUCCAUACACCACCUUGACCAGAACUUGGACUGGAACCACCACCCAGACUGAAACUGAGCCUGCUCCUUCUGGUGGCACUGGUACUGUGAUUAUUGACGUUCCUACUCCUACAACCACGAUCACCAGAACCUGGACUGGAACUGAAACCACCACUGAAACCAUCCCAGCUGGCUCCGGUGGUACUGAGACCAUCAUUGUGGACGUUCCUACUCCUUACACCACUUUGACCAGAACCUGGACUGGAACCGCCACUCAAACGGAAACCGAACCAGCUCCUUCUGGAGGUACCGGUACCGUUAUCAUUGACGUUCCUACUCCAACCACUACCAUCACUAGAACUUGGACUGGAACUGAGACGACUACCGAGACCGUUCCUGCUGGAAGUGAUGGAACUGAAACUGUUAUCAUCGACGUGCCAACUCCUUACACUACCAUCACCAGAACUUGGACUGGCACUACUACUCAAACGGAAACUGAGCCUGCUCCUUCUGGAGGAACUGGAACAGUCGUUGUUGAUGUUCCUACUCCAUCUACUACUAUCACGAGAACCUGGACUGGUACCGAGACUACCACUGAAACCAUUCCUGCUGGAAGCGAUGGAACUGAAACAAUCAUUGUUGAUGUUCCAACUCCUUACACUACCAUCACGAGAACAUGGACUGGCACUACUACUCAAACUGAGACAGAGCCAGCUCCAUCUGGUGGCACUGGUACCGUGGUUGUUGAUGUGCCUACCCCGGUCACUUCUAUCACAAGAACCUGGACCGGCACCACCACUCAAACGGAGACCAUUCCAGCCCAAUCUGGUGGAACUGAAACAGUAAUUAUCGAUGUCCCUACUCCUGUGACUACUUUGACUAGAACCUGGACCGGUACUGAAACCACUACUGAAACUAUUCCUGCUGAGUCUGGUGGUACUGAAACUGUCAUUAUCGAUGUCCCAACUCCUGUGACCACCAUCACGAGAACUUGGACUGGUACUACUACUUCGACUGAGACCAUUCCUGCCGAGUCUGGAGGAACCGAGACUGUCAUAAUUGAUGUUCCUACUCCUGUCACUACUUUGACGAGAACUUGGACUGGCUCUAUUACUACAACUGAGACCAUUCCUGCCGAGUCUGGUGGUACCGAGACCAUCAUCAUUGACAUCCCAACUCCAACCACCACCCUCUUCUCCACAUGGACUGGAUCUACCAUCUCCACAAGAACCAUUCCUGCUGAAUCUGGUGGAACUGACACCGUUGUGAUUGAGGUUCCUACCCCAGUUACCGUGAUAACUUCUACCUGGACCGGCUCUAUCACUGAGAUUGUCACUGAGCCUUACGAGUCUGGUACUCAAACUAUUGUCGUGAACGUUCCUACUCCGGUUACCACUGUGACAAGAACAUGGACCGGCACUACUACCAGCACUGAGACCAUUCCAGCUGAGUCUGGUGGGACCGAGACGGUCAUCAUUGACGUUCCUACUCCAGUUACAACUAUUACUAGAACCUGGACUGGAACCACCACUUCGACUGAGACUGUUCCAGCUGAAUCUGGUGGAACUGAGACUGUGAUUAUCGACAUCCCAACUCCUGUUACUACGAUCACCAGAACCUGGACCGGCACUGAGUCUACUAUCGAGACCAUUCCUGCUGGCUCUGACGGUACUGAAACUGUCGUUGUUGAUGUUCCUACUCCUUACACCACCAUCACUCGUCCUUGGACUGGAACUUUUACUACCACUGAGACCGAGCCUGCUCCUUCUGGAGGCACUGGCACUGUUGUUGUUGAUGUUCCUUACGAAGCCACCACUGUGACCUCGACUUGGACCGGUACCACCACUAGAACUGUUUCUGAACCACCUAGCGGAUCUGACACUGUUGGAACUGUUAUUAUAGAGGUUCCUCCAGCUACAACGGCAUACACUACCUUGACGUCUACCUGGACUGGCACCACCACCAACACCAUCACUGAACCACCUGCUGGCUCUGAUACCGUUGGUACUGUGAUUAUAGAGGUGCCUCCAUCGACUACCGAUUACACCACCUUGACAUCAACCUGGACUGGUACUACCACUAGGACUGUGACUGAACCACCUUCUGGUUCUGAUACCGUGGGCACUGUUGUUGUUGAAGUUCCACCUACCUCCACUGAUUACACGACCUUGACUUCUACUUGGACUGGAACUACCACCAACACCAUCACCAACCCACCAUCUGGUUCUGAUACCGUUGGAACGGUUGUGAUUGAGGUUCCUCCUACCUCGUCUCAGUUUACCACUUUGACAUCUACUUGGACCGGAACAACCACUAGAACUGUUACUGAGCCACCAUCUGGAUCCGAUACUGUUGGCACUGUUGUUAUUGAAGUUCCACCAACCUCUGCUGACUACACUACUGUCACCUCGACUUGGACUGGUACUAUUACUAACACCAUUACCAACCCACCUUCUGGUUCUGACACAGUCGGUACCGUGGUUAUUGAAGUUCCACCAACUUCUGCUGAUUACACCACCGUCACUUCUACCUGGACUGGAACUACAACCGCCACGGUCACUAACCCACCAUCUGGUUCUGAUACUGUCGGUACUGUUGUGAUUGAGGUUCCUUCCACUUCCUCCGAAUUCACUACCUUGACUUCGACCUGGACUGGAACCACAACAAGAACCGUGACUGAGCCACCAUCUGGAUCCGAUACUAUUGGCACUGUUGUUAUUGAAGUUCCUCCAACUUCAGCUGAUUACACCACCGUCACUUCUACCUGGACCGGUACCACGACUGCCACUGUCACUAACCCACCUUCUGGUAGCGACACCGUUGGCACUGUUGUGAUUGAAGUUCCAUCUACUUCGUCUCAGUUCACCACUUUGACUUCCACCUGGACCGGCACUACUACCAGAACUGUCACCGAGCCUCCAACCGGCUCUGACACCAUUGGAACUGUUGUCAUCGAAGUCCCACCAACUUCCACUGACUACACCACUUUGACGUCUACCUGGACUGGUACUACAACUAGAACAGUUACUGAGCCACCAUAUGGUUCUGGCACCGUGGGCACCGUUAUCAUAGAGGUGCCCCCAACUACUGUUCCUGUUGUCCCAGUGCUGUCUUGGAACUGGAACUCUUCUUACGUGGUCUCCCUGUCUUCGAUCCCUGUGCCUGUGAGUCUGUCAUUGUCUCUCACCGAGAGCUCCGAGUCGUUCUCUGAGUCUUCGAUUGCUUCUUCGAUUCCACCAGCUUCGAACUCCGAGCCUGCUACUCCUGCCGUCUCCUCGUCUCCAGUGAGUACCGAGCAUCCACAGCUGAACACCGACAGCUUCAGUGGACCAACAUCUUCUGGCCCCAUCACUACCUCCUCGAAUCCUGGUCCCGAGCCUAACCCUGGCCCAGGUUCCGAGACUCCAGGUUCUGAUUCUUCGGCUCCUGGUCCUAACCCAUCUGGUCCUAACUCCGGCGCUGAAACCCCAGGUCCAGCAUCUGAAUCGUCGGUUCCAGUCUCUCCUGGUCCUAGCUCAGAAGGCUCUGCAUCGACUGUUACAGUUACCACAACUCCUGGUCUUUCUGAGCCAACCAACGGUCCAAACACAUCUGGAACCGGUCAAAUCCCAUCUGGCACUGGCCCUGUCCCAUCUGGUCCAAACUCCGCUGGUCCAAGCUCCUCGAACCCUGACACCACUGUGCCUGUCGCUCCAGGACCAUCUCCUUCUGGCCCAGCUGUUCCAGGUACUAAGUCUUCUGCUCCAGGCGAGUCUCAGCGAGUUCCUUCUGGUACUGCCAACUCCGAGUCUCAACCAAGUCAAACCGGUCCAGCUCCAUCUGGGCCAAACCAGACCGGUCCAGCUCCAUCUGGGCCAAACCAGACCGGUCCAGCUCCAUCUGGCCCUAACGAGACUGGCCCAGCUCCAUCUGGUCCUAACGAGACUGGCUCUGUUCCUUCUGGACCAAUCCAAACUGGACCCGCUCCAUCUGGUCCAAACGAAAACGGCCCUACAUCCACCGGACCAGCUCCUGCCAACUCGGCUCCUCCAGCUCCUCACCCUGAGCCUAUCGCUUCAAACACUGUUCCAGCAUCCGGCUCCAACCCAGCACCAUCUGGCUCCAACCCUGGACCAGCACCUUCCGGCUCUAACCCAGGACCUGUCCCAGUGCCUGGCCCUGCUCCAUCUGGUACUGAGUCCAACAACAACCCUGCUAGCACUCCAUACCCAACCUCUGUGGCUGGUCCAAGCACCCGUGUUCCCGAAAACUCUGCUACCCAGAGCACCGGGUCCAACACUGCUUCUGAAACCAGCUCUGUUGUUUCAGAGGGUCCAUCUUCACUGGUUGUCUGCUACAAGGGUAACUGCGUUACACUUCCUGUAACCUCUCAGGGUGCAUCGACCUCAACCCCAGUUGCUGUUUCGCAUGCCUCUUCGUCAUCGUCCCCUAUUGGUCCUGAGCCUUCUCCAGCAUCUGCUACACCAGCCAUUUCUACAUACGCAGGUCUGGCUGCUGCCGUCAAGAUCUCGGGUCUUGCUGCGGUUGUUGUACCAUUGCUUCAUGUCUUGUUUUGA